UCAUUGGGCGUGUGAGCCAAGUGGCGACCGCAGAAGGCAUAAAGCAAGAUCAAAUUCUGAUAUAAAGGAGAGGAGGUGAUCUAAAGCAACCCAACAACCAAGUGUGAAUUUCCGGCAGAGAGAAAAUGAGCAAGGUCGUCUGCGUCACCGGUGCUUCCGGUUACAUUGCUUCAUGGCUCGUCAAGCUGCUCCUCCAACGCGGCUACACUGUCAAGGCCUCUGUUCGCAACCCAAAUGAUCCAACAAAGACGGAGCACUUGCUUGCAUUUGAUGGAGCUAAGGAGAGACUUCACUUUUUUAAAGCAGAUCUAUUAGAAGAAGGUUCUUUUGAUUCUGGUGUUGAGGGCUGUGAAUGUGUUUUCCACACUGCGUCUCCCUUUUAUCAUGAUGUGACAGACCCAAAGGCAGAACUACUUGAUCCUGCAGUAAAGGGAACACUUAAUGUUCUGAACUCGUGUUCAAAAUCCCCAUCUAUCAAACGGGUGGUUUUAACAUCUUCUAUAGCCGCAGUUGCAUAUAAUGGAAAGCCUCGAACUCCUGAUGUAGUUGUUGAUGAGACAUGGUUUACUGAUCCAGGUGUCUGUAAGGAACAGAAGCUAUGGUAUGUGCUUUCAAAGACUUUGGCAGAGGAUGCUGCCUGGAAAUUUGUAAAGGAGAAGGGAAUUGACAUGGUUACCAUUAAUCCUGCAAUGGUUAUUGGUCCUCUAUUACAGCCAACGCUAAAUACAAGUGCUGCUGCAGUUCUGAAUGUUAUUAAGGGAGCUCGAACAUAUCCUAAUGCAAGUUUUGGAUGGAUUAAUGUCAAAGAUGUUGCCAAUGCACAUGUUCAAGCAUUUGAGAAUCCUUCGGCUAGUGGAAGAUAUUGUUUAGUCGAGAGAGUUGCACACUUUUCAGAAGUUGUGCAAAUUUUACAUGAGCUGUACCCUGAUUUGCAACUUCCGGAAAAAUGUUCAGAUGAUAAACCUCUUGUCCCGACAUAUCAGGUGUCCAAGGAAAAGGCAAAGAGCUUGGGUAUUGAAUUUGUUCCGUUAGACAUUAGCCUCAAGGAAACAGUUGAAAGCUUGAAGGAAAAGAGUUUCAUCAGCUUCUGAGUCGUGCACUACAUGCAGUUUAGGUAUUUGAAAUAAAGUUAGUGAUGGUAAAACAAGUUCUAGUCUAAGAACCAGAGAAGAUUUCAGUUGGUGUUUUUGAUUUAGCUUUCAAGUUGUUGAUUCCUGUAUACAUGUGUCUGCAAUAUACAGAGAAUAAAUGAAAAAAUAAAUAAAUAAAUCAACUAUGUACUGUUUACGUCCUGAAUAAAGUAUUGGAUUACUGAA